AUGUCGCUCUCGUCCUCUUCGUACACCGCCCAGCAGGAACUCAUCAACAGCCGAACGGAGGCUGUGUUUGCGGCGCUCCACUUGCGGUCGUUCGUCCUGCGCCUGCCGAUCGUGAACGUCCCGGACGCGGAGAAAACGCGCCAGGGCAUCUACGAGAAAAUCCUCAAAAACCGGUCCUUCUCUUGCACGCGAUCGAAUCCGCGAGACGAGCUGACGCGACAGCCGAAUCCAGAUCUAGCAGCGAAGCAGACUGAAGAAGUCGUUCAGAUCCUCUCUGCGCCCUCCUCCGUCGGCUUCGUCCUCGUCGUCGUCGAAGAAUCUGUGCAAAAAAAGGGAACUGGACAGGCUGAAUAUUGCCCAGUGGGAGGCGGCGUCGUCGAAGUCGUCGAUGAGCAUGAAAGAUCCAUUCGAGGCAUGUGGUGUCGUCGCUCCCUGCCUCCGGAGUUCUCGGCGUUGCUGAUGAAAGCCCUCUGUCUCCGCGUUUUCGCGCAGGCCUUCGAGUGGCCCGACGAGCCUUCGGGCGCGGUCGGAGCAUCGCCUGGAGGCGCAGCGCCGGGGGGCGCGGGGGCGAGCAGUCGAGGCACGAAGAACCCGUAUCGCCUCGUAAGCUGCACGGAGAAGGCGCUGCUUCUCUUUCCCAGAGACGCCGUCAAAUUCCUCACGGAGUCUCUCAUGCUCUCCAAACACUGGGAAACGGAACUCGACGGCGGCAGCCACAAUGACCACCCCACCGUCAAAUGCAAGUGUCAGAAGCUGAGCAAGUUGCCGGGAGCGUGGCAGUUUUACGGGAUUUGCGAGUCUCGAUUUCUGAAUUACUGGCGGCCGGGGCUGCAGUUUCGGAACUUCCUUCCGGACGCGCCGCCGCCUGCGCUGUGCGACUUUCUUCGUUGUCGCCAAGGCCACGCUCGGCCGACUCCGAACGGUCGACGAGGCAGCCUCGCAGACGAAGGGACGCACUUCAAGGAGAACGAGAAGGAGGCGCGAGGCUCCAAACACGUCUUAGCGGAAGGUGGUAACUUCGCGUCUUCCUCGUUCAACGGCAUGCGUCAAGAACCCGCGUCCUUCCUCGCCGACGCAACGGGCAUCGCAGCCUCGGGCCCCGGCACUCGCCAGAGCACUCGCCGACAACAGCACGAACUGCUGAAACGCGGGCGCGCAGCCUUCGCUUCCUUUCCCGCCUUUCCACACUCUCCCUCCUACUCUUCCCCAACUGCUUCAGCUUCGCCUCCGGCGUCUUCGACUCCAGCGUCUUCGACCGUAGGCGGGAGGAGACCCCAGGAGACACUCCGAGGGACGACCCGGGAGGCUGCCGAGGCAGGGCGGGGUGCGCCGCAGCCUCUCGCCUCGACGGACGAGGCGAAACUGCAUGCGUCGAGUAGUCAGGGGGGAGGCGGAUCUGCGCGCGAGGAUGUCCCCGCGUCCCUGCCCGCAGAGAAAGGCGAGGAGGGAAUUGACAGGCAUGACGCCGCGCCUUCUCGCGGACACAGCGAUGUCGGCAGUGAGUCCAGUCCGCCUCGAGAGGAGGGGCGAGAAACCUCGGCGAACGGCGAGGCGGUCGCUCGAGGCGAAGGCGGUUUGGCGCAUCUCAAAGGAGGAGACGCGCAAACUGGAAAGGCCGAGCAGGGAUCUGCGGAAUGCGCGAAUGGGGAAGCGACGGCGGGGCACGGGGAAGAGGAGCCUGCCGCGAAACGCACUCGGAUCCUGGUUUAG